AUGAUCGAACUAGGCCAAAUUCCAGCUAAAAAGGAAUUCUUAUUUAAGAAUUGGGCAGGUAUUUAUUCCUGUAAACCACAAUUGUAUUUCCAACCACGUUCUGUCGAUGAAGUGAUUACGAUUGUGAAUAAUGCUAGAUCAGAGAAGAAAACAAUAGUAACUGUAGGGUCAGGUCAUUCUCCGAGUAAUAUGUGUAUGACCUCAGAAUGGCUAAUGAAUUUAGAUAAUUUAAAUCAGGUUAUUAAGUACGAGGAAAAUAAGGAACAGCAUUAUAUGGAUGUCACUGUUGAUGCAGGAUUAAGAGUUUAUCAAUUAAAUGAUUGGCUAGCUGAAAAAGGUUAUGCUAUUCAAAAUUUAGGUUCUAUUUCGGAACAAAGUGUUGCUGGUAUUAUUUCCACCGGUACACACGGUUCAUCUCCAUACCAUGGUCUUGUUUCUUCAAAUUUCGUUAAUUUAACCAUUGUGAAUGGUAAAGGUGAACUAGUCUUUUUGGAUUCCGAAAAUCAUCCAGAUGUUUUUAGAGCCGCAUUAUUGUCUCUAGGUAAAAUUGGUAUCAUUGUAAAAGCUACAAUCCGUACGAUUCCAGCUUUCAAUAUUAAAUCAUCACAAGAAGUUAUUACUUUUGACACUUUAUUAGAGAUAUGGGAUACUAUUUGGAGCUCUAGUGAAUUUAUCAGAGUUUGGUGGUAUCCAUAUACAAGAAAAUGUAUUUUGUGGAGAGGUGUUAAGACUGAAGAAGAAGUAACCCCUCCUAGGUAUUCCUGGUGGGGUAGCAGAUUAGGAAGAUUUUUAUACGAAGCACUUCUGUAUGUAUCUGUUAGAAUAUACCCAGCUCUAACACCUUACAUUGAAGAAUUUGUGUUCAAUAGACAAUAUGGUAACGUUGAAACUUACGGAAAUGGUGAUAUUGCUAUUGCUUCUUCAGUCAAAAGUUUGAAUAUGGAUUGUUUAUUUUCACAAUUUGUCGAUGAGUGGAGUUGUCCACUGGACAAUGGUCCUGAAAUAUUGCGUUCAUUAGACCAUUCUAUUACACAAGCUUGCAAUGCUAAAGAAUUUUACGUCCAUGUUCCAGUUGAAAUCCGUUGUUCGAACACUACUCUUCCUCCUAAGCCUUUGGACUAUUCUGACAGAACUUCCACCAGUCCAGGUCCUGUUUACGGCAAUAGGCUGCGUCCAUAUCUGGACAAUACCCCAUCUCAUUGUAGAUAUGCGCCUCUAUCAGAUGUCACUAACGGCCAACUAACAUUGUAUAUCAAUGCCACUAUAUACAGACCUUUCUAUUACAACACACCAAUUCACAAAUGGUAUAAACUAUUUGAAAAUACCAUGGCAGCAGCAGGCGGUAAGCCACAUUGGGCCAAGAACUUUUUGGGUUCUACUAAGUUUGCAAUGACAGAAGUCAAGGAAGAAUCUGAUUAUGAAGAUUUCGAAAUGAGAGGAAUGGCUAAAAAAAUUCAAGAAUGGUACGGUGAAGAUUUAAAACAAUUCCAGGAGAUCAGAAGACAGCAAGAUCCAGAGAAUAUUUUUGUUUCAAACAAAGAGUGGGCUAUUCUCAAUGGCAUUGUAACUGCUAAUGAGUUAGAGAAUUAA